AGGUCGAAUCUCUUUGUGGGAAGUGACAGUUGCUACACCGGACAGUUGCUACGCCGGGAAGGUGCUUCCAUCUGGUUAACCUGGUGCAGCGAGGGAGACGCCUGGAGGUCUUGUUUAGAGCCGCUUCUCGUGGUGGAAAGAUGCUCUGACUGUCUCCGCUUUCAGAUUAGUUUGCUGUGAGCAUUUAGGAGAGAAGCUUUAUUUUGAAAUGUCUCAGUGGAAGAACAAUGUGCUCCUUUGGCUUAGUGUCUUCUCAUUUUGGAUUAUGUUCUUAAUUUGCAUGCCAGAGCACGUAUGUGCACAGAAUUCUUGUCCAGAGGUCACACAAUGGCUCUUGAAAGAUGGCUUUCACAGGGAUCUUGUGACUAGGGUAACACUUGGUACAGUUGAUGAAGGCAUGAGAAACUGCAUGGUGGCUGUUAAAAUUGAUCUUCCAAGAGGCUUAUAUGUGGACCCUUAUGAACUUGCAUCUUUAAAUAAACACAAUAUCACUGAGGCUUUGGUGACUGCUGAUUAUGUAGAUUUGGAACUUCCUGAGUAUUUAGCCACUGAAAUUGAUGUUCUCAUUUACAUGAAACCUGAUCCUGAAUGCUAUUCCUGUUUUAGAGCAAUAUUACCUAUUCACUGCAGGUAUCACCAGCCAGCAGAGGUUGAUGAAAAAAUCUCUGCCAUACUGAGGAGUCCAGAAAUAUUGAUCCAUUGUCAGAAAUCCUUCCUAUCAACAGAAUGUUUGAAAGAAACCAAAAUAGAAAGACCAUGUUCCCUGAAGAAUAAGCAAAACUGCCACUGGGAUAGCGUGAGGUUCCAAGCUAUAAACCAAGAACUGAAAUUGCAGAUACCAGUUGGGCUCAAACAUCAUCUUACCUUCGUAUGCACAGGGACUCUUGUUACCACUAUAUUUUGCUCUGGCCUCAUUCUAUUUGCUUUAUUCAAGCAUGGAGACUUCUUGUUUGUUCAGAGCUCAUUGUGAAAUGAAACAAGACUUUAUUAUUUUAAUCAUCAUGGAAAGACUGUCAAAUUGCCUAAACAGACUGAUCAAACAAGAUAUGGAAAAUGAAGAACAGACUUGUUAUGAUUGGCACAGCAUCAGUGUUUGGGAGCAGGCCCAAUGCCUCAUACUUGACUGUUGGUGUUACAUUUGCCUGAUUGUAUUGGUUCUCACCUGUGUUUUCUACAGUUUUCUACAAUCUUUUUGAAUAGUCUGAUUUGGUUAUCAGACAACUGUAAAACUGCUGCGUACUUCAAUUCUGUUAAAGAGAAAUCUGUCGCCUGGGUUGAACCAGUUGAUAAAGUGAGCUCUGACUCAUAAACAUUUAUGCUGGAAUAAAUUCCGUUGAUUUCCUAGGUGUCACAGGACUACUUUUAUUUUUUUGUUAUGGACUAAUAUGGCUCCUAAUCUGAAACUAAUAACCUGUGAUUCCCUGCCCCCAUUACAAGUGUUAAUUAGCAUAACAAGAAAAUGGUUUCUGUAGUUCCUGUAGAUUUUAAUUUUGUGUUAUUAAAGUUGAAUAUUCCAUUGUUAUUACAUUUUGCUCUGUACUUCCUACAUUCCUUCUUGAAUAUCUAUUUAUUUGUCUUCUUUGAACCAACUGCCUCCUACAAAAAACUGUAGGACCUGAAUAAGCAGGUCAUAGUUCAUGAAAACACUUGCUUCUUUAGCUACCUGGGGAGAUAACACAGGUUAUUCUGCUAAAAGAAUAAAAUCAUAUGCUGGGGGGAGGGGUGUAGGUCUUUAAAGUGCCACGUUUCUGUUUAAUUUUGCCUUAUAAGCAGUUCUACAUUAUGCAGGAUGGGGGAAUUUCUGUGAACAUCCGAAAAAUGAACUGAUGUUAAAUUUAUGAAUGUUAAUAAAAAUCAAUUACAUGAGCAAAACUGAAUUCUAAAUGGAAAUAACACUUCUGAAACAAAUUUCAGAUGCUCACUUGGUAAACCAUAUGUUGUAUUAAUUUGAAUCCUGGAGGAUGAUAGAGCUAAUGGAAUUAUUCCAAAUGCUGCAAGAACACUUGGAAAAUCAUUAGUUUUGAAAAUACAAGGAAAUACAGAAAGGAAAUUGCUUCGCUAAUGGGAAAACUAAGCAGUGCCAAAGAUUACAUAUUUUUCUAUGCUCAACAAGUUUCAUGAGUCAUUAGGGGACAUUAAGUGGCUGCUAGCAUGUAAAAUAAUGUUCAUAAAGAAAGAUGUGUCUAUCUCUCUUACGUAUAGGAGGGCACAAAAUAUUUAUCCAUAGAUUAAAGGUAGGCAAUACUUAAAUCUUAUUUUUGGUCUGUACUACUGAAUUCAACAAGAGAGGCUAUAUCUCAGUUGUACAAUUCUUGUCUGUUUUGGUAUUUUGUCUGUGUUUUCAUUAAAAGUUCAUUAUAAAGUA